CUGUCAAUGGCUAAACACGUGUGUUUGUGUAUACAUUUUUCUAUGCACCAGAAUGGAACAGUCUUGUGAAAGAUCUAAUCAACGAUGAAAUUUUCAUACAAAUUUUCCAACUUGCUAGGGUCAGUAUACAGGAAGGGAAACAUUCUGUUUAGUCCGGAUGGAAACAGUAUCAUCAGUCCUGUAGGGAACAGAGUUUCCAUUUUUGACCUGAAAAACAACCAGUCAGAAACACUACCAAUAGAGAGUAACACCAACAUAACGUGUGUGGGAUUGUCACCAGAUGGAGUUACCGUCAUUUUGGUUAAUGAAGAGGGAGAUGCCUUACUAUGUAGCUUGUUGAGCAGGACAGUAAUUCACACUUACAAGUUCCAUCGACCAGUUCACUGUAUACAGUUCAGCCCAGAUGGCAAGAAGUUUGCUGCCACCCGUGACAAUAUGGUGCAGGUUUUUCAUGCUCCAGGGAAAACCAAAGAAUUUAACCCCUUUGUUUUGUACAGAACCUUUUAUGGAGCCUAUGAUGAGACUCUGUGUAUUGACUGGACAACAGACUCUAAAGCAUUUUGUGUGGGGAGUAAGGACAUGAACACAAGGGUAUAUGGUACAGAACGCUAUAACAACCUUAUAGUCUAUACCAUAGGUGGACAUGCUGAUGCUAUUAUUGGAGCUUUUUUUGAAAAGGACUCCUUAGAUGUAUACAUUGUAAGUAGAACAGGUCAUAUGAGUGUUUGGAAAUGUGAUACAGAACCAGAUGGACUGGAGCCAUACAGUAAACCGGAGAUGGAGACUGGUGCUAAACUGGUAUCUGAUGAUGAAGAGGAGGAACCAGAAAAGAAAGAAGAGGAGGAUGUGACUAAAAAGUCAGGAAGCAAUGACAACCAAAUCAAAUAUAGUAGGAUAGCCAAGCAUUCAUACAGAGAAUGUUUAGGAGAAGGUGCAAAGGUUUCUAAGCUGACCAGUGUGGCCUACCACAAAGAUAUUCAUAUCCUGGUGUCUGGAUUUAAAGAUGGCUCAUUCUACCUUCAUGAACUUCCAGAUUUUAACCUCAUUCAUUCACUAAGUAUAUCCGAGCAGACGAUAUCCUCGGUAGCCUUUAACAAGAGUGGUGACUGGAUUGGACUGGCUUGUGCUGGUUUAGGUCAGCUCCUGGUUUGGGAGUGGCAGAGUGAGACAUAUGUAUUGAAACAACAGGGUCAUUUCAACAAUGUCAGCUGCCUGUCAUACUCACCAGAUGGACAGUAUAUUGCAACAGGGGGAGAUGAUGGCAAGGUGAAGCUGUGGAAUACCAGCAGUGGCUUCUGUUUUGUGACCUUCAAUGAACAUCUAGGGGGAGUAACUGGAGUAGCAUUUACUCAGAGUGGACAGGUUGUCCUUUCCUCCUCACUAGAUGGCACUGUUAGAGCAUUUGAUUUAAACAGGUAUCGUAACUUUCGUACAUUCACUUCUCCUCGACCUGCUCAGUUUUCCUGUAUCACGGUAGAUAACAGUGGUGACAUUGUAUGUGCUGGGGCUUUGGACACCUUUGAGAUCUUUGUCUGGUCCAUGCAGACUGGGAGACUCUUAGAGGUACUUGCAGGACAUGAGGGCCCUGUCAGUUCUCUGAGUUUUAGCUCUAACAAAGCUCUCCUUGCCAGUGGGUCCUGGGAUAAAUCUGUGAAACUCUGGGACGUGUUUGAAAACAAAGGAGCCAGGGAAACAAUUGUCCUUUCCUCGGAUGUCCUGGCUGUGAGAUUCCGACCUGAUGGAAAUGAACUGGCUGUAUCCACCCUGGAUGCUCAGCUGACAUUUUGGGACCCUGCCAACAUUGUACAGACCCACUCCAUUGAAGGUCGCCAUGACCUUGGAUACUCCAGGAAAGAAGGGGACAAAAUAACAGCCAAAAAGGCAUCAGCAGGAAAGGCAUUUAUGACAAUCUGCUACAGUGCAGAUGGAAAAUGUCUGCUGGCAGCAGGUCAGUCUAAGAGUGUGUGUAUCUACUCCAUUCCUGAUCAACUCCUGCUGAAAAAGUUUGACAUAUCCUGUAAUAUGUCCUUUGAUGGCAUGGAGGAAUACCUGGACAAGAAGAAAAUGUCAGAUUGGGGCAGUCUAGCAUUAGUUGACCAGGGAGAGGGAGAUAAGAAUGGACAGAAUAUCAGUCUCCCAGGGGUCAAAAAGGGGGACUUUAGCAGUCGUCACUGGAAACCAGAGGUCAGGGUAGUCAGCAUACAGUUCUCCCCAACAGGAAGAGCAUGGGCAGCAGCUACCACAGAGGGCUUGAUGAUUUAUUCUCUGGACAGUAGCUUGGUGUUUGACCCUUUUGACCUUGAUAUUGAAGUGACACCUAGCAGCACAAAGAAGGCUCUGUCAAGGGGAGAGUACUCUACUGCUCUCAUCCUUUGCUUUAAACUAAAUGAAACAAAACUAAAACAAGAAGUUCUUGAGAAUAUUCCUGUUUCUAGCAUUGAAGUGAUAGUGGAGAACCUGCCUGAUGUAUAUGUGGACAAAUUGUUAGUGUUCUUAGCCUCACAACUGGAGACCACGGCUCAUAUUGAGUUUUAUCUUCUAUGGGUGAACAGAAUUCUUAUGACACAUGGCUUAAAAUUAAAACAGAGAUCACAGAAAAUUAUCAGCUGUUUACAGACGCUUCAGAAGAACAUAACCAGGAAGUAUGAGGACAUCGGUAAAAUUUGUGACCACAACAAGUAUAGUAUAGACUACUUACUGGCAUUGUCCGAGUGUAAACGUAAGCGGUCCCCCCACACCGAUGAGGAGGAGAUCAGUGAUAGCGAGAUGGACCAGGAUAAUGAUUUAGACUCGUCUGAUGAGGACUUUAUGACAAAUCUGAUGGAGACAGUCACUUAAUAAUCUCAGCAAUAAAAGCUAUAAACUUA